AUGUUCGGCACCACAGUGAGCAUCAUCAGCAUUUCCUGCCUGGCGGUCAGCGGCUGGGGCUGGACGCCCGCUGCAGUGACGGCGCUGUCGCAGGCAGUGUCCGCGGCGCUGCUCAUGAAUGUGAGCAUCGUGGGGAUCAACCAGCUGUACGACAUAGAUAUUGACAAGGUCAACAAGCCGUAUCUGCCCUUGGCCAGUGGCGAGUGGACCCCCACCACCGGCGCCGCAGUCGUCGCCGCCUGCACCGCCGGCGCGCUCGCGAUCGGCGUGCUCGCCGGCAGCGCGCCGCUCAUGUGGACGCUGGGUGCGUCCCUGGCGCUCGGCGUGCUGUACUCCGCCGAGCUACCCUUCAUGCGGUGGAAGCGCUCCCCGCUGCUAGCUGCAGGCUGCAUCCUCGCGGUGCGCGCGGUCUUUGUGCAGCUGGGCUUCUUCACGCACAUGCGCGCCGCGAUCGGCGCGCCGGCGCUCGCGCUGUCGCGUCCCCUGGGCUUCAUCACGGUGUUCAUGCUGGUCUUCUCCGUCGUCAUCGCGCUGUUCAAGGACAUCCCGGACGUGAAGGGCGACCGCCAGGCCGGCCUGCAGACGCUCAGCGUGAGGUUCGGCGAGAAGCGCGUGUUCUGGGCGUGCGUCGGGCUGCUCCUGUCCCUGUACGCCGGCGGCGUCGCGUUUGGCCUCACCGCGCCGCCGCCGCCGGUCGGCGCGCCGGCGUGGCAGGGGCCCGUCAGCAAGGUCGUGGUCGCGGCGGGCCACGCGGCGUUUGGCGGGCUGCUGCUGAAGCGGGCGCGGGAGGUGGACACCAGCCAGCACGGCAACAUCACAAGCUUCUACAUGUUCAUCUGGGCGCUGCUCUACUCCGAAUACAUCCUGGUGCCGUUCAUGGCUUGA